AUGUUCUACAGUCCCAUGUGGGCCAAUUACGGUGACUUCAGACCGCCCCCGCCCCAUGGCCUUGACAUGAUGUGGAAUGCGUACUUCAACGGCAUGCUGCCAGUGGACUUGGAGAGCAGCAUGCCCGAGGAUUCCGAGGCCGACCCGUCCGUAGGCAUGCGGCCCGCCCUGUCUCCGCCCCGCGGGGCGCUGAACGGGGCUCAGGCGAAGAAGGGCGACGACGAAGAGAUCCGAGAGUACCUGGGCCGCAGCGACACUGCCGUCAUCUUCCCAGAGCCCGUGGGGGGAGACAACAAAGAUGGGGCGCCCUCCUCCCCCACAGAGUCCGCGCACAGAGAUGAUGGUCGGCUGGGCGGCGAAUACGUCCUCAAGUGUCCGCACUGCGAACAGGCUUUUUCGGGAGCUCAGGCGAUCCGGGAGCUCAAGGAGCAUCUCUCCCAGGUGCACCAGGAGUCGGCGCUCAAGGAGUCGAACCCCUUCGUCUGCGGCAAGUGCAAUGCCUCCUUCCCCACCAAAGACAAGCUCGAGAAACACAAACUCUUCCAUGCGGCCAACGGGCAGGUGAGUCGAAUUCUCAGCAAAGAUACGACUUUUGCGCUUUGCCCGGCAAGUGCUUCGACCCCCGGUUCUACGAGCGUGGAGGACCCCUCGGCUGUGGACCCCCAGCGCAAGUACAAGUGCGCCGAGUGCGGGAAGGCGUUCAAGUUCAAGCACCACCUGAAGGAGCACAUCCGCAUCCACAGCGGCGAGAAGCCCUUCUCCUGCCCCAACUGCGACAAGCGCUUCUCGCACUCGGGCUCCUUCUCCUCGCACAUGAGCAGCAAGAAGUGCCUCGUCGUCAACCUCAAGGUGCGCAAGCUGGACAGGUCGCCGCGCGGGGCCCGUGGAGGCGCCCACGCACCCUCUGGCUCUUCUUUCCGCCCAAUCAUUCCAAAAUUUGGUUCCGAGCUUCCGAUGAUGCCGGCCGGAUACAUGGGGCCCGCCGGGCCGCCCCUCGCCUUCCACCCCCUGCUCGCCGCACAGCCCCACCCCUACCGCCACCUGCCGAUGCCCGGCACCUUCCCGGAAGUCACGCAGCUCCUGCAGCCCAGGAGGUACGAAAAUAACGGCCCGAGUUCCCCCGACAUGAGCCCAAAGCCAACUGGUGAAUUAAAUGCUGUCAAAAAGAUACUACAAAUUGUGGAUGCCGCUGUUUGCAAGCAACAACAAUCUCCCACUCGGCCCAGAAACGGAUUGCUAUCUCAACUGCUAAGUUCCAGUCCAUCCCUCACCAACCAGUCUCCUUCCCCCAGUUCUGUCAUGGACACGAGAUGUCGAUUCUGCUCCAGGCUUUUCGACAGCAAAGUGGACCUUCAUCAGCACGAGCGGUAUUUGUGUCCCCACAAUGUCGAACGGACUAAACCCGAACCUUUGGAACCAUUCCGGCACAUCGGAAGUGACGCAGAAGGGUCGGGAGAGGAGAACAAGUUUCGAUCGUCUCCCCCAUCUCUCAGCCUGGACUGUGUUCUCAUGCUAAAAGCCCACUAUCAGAGCAAUCCCAGGCCCAAAAAGUCGGAGAUGAUUCGUCUGUCUCGCGACCUUAAAUGCUCGACGAGGACAGUGCAAGAAUGGUUUCACACUCAACAACUCCGGUCGAAAGACUACACCACGAACGGGGACAGUGUCCGUUCUCCGCCACUUUUGCAAAGUGAUUUCCCCCAAAAGUCCAUCUCAGUCCAAAGCAACGGCCACCUUUUUCAAUCCAUACCUCAUUACAAUGGUGCUAUUUCAUCCUGCCCGCCACUGGUACCAUACGUCCGGGCACCAGAAUGUUCCAAAGACGAAGAUCAGCCGUUAGAUUUGUCUGUAAAAAUAAAACACGAAGAAUAUCCCCUCAGGCAAGAGACUUCGAACGAAUCCUCUCCGGUUCAUGUGGACGGCGAAGCUCUCAACCUCAGUCAAAGGUCUUCACGCACGCCUCCGAAAACUCCGAGUCCUUACCAGAAUCAUCGAAACGUAAUUCAGCAACCCGUGGCUCGUGUCCCCGAAGAUUCAACAAAUCACAUGCACUCGUCGCUGCUUUAUAAAUAUAUGCAGCUCGGACAUCAGCAGCCCUCACCGAGUCGAGAAAAGUCGUCCUCUCCGCUGCGUAAUGGAACAUCUGAGCCACUACCUCAAAACGUCCCUUCUCCGGACUGUGGUGUCGGUUUCAUCGACAACAGCAACAGUCCUAGUGGUACAACAGGUUCGUAUGGGACUCACAUAGAUGAGCAAGCCGAUGCUAAUCCAUACAGUCCAAACAGCAGUGGGAAAAAGCGUCUGUGGAGUCAGGUUGAUGGAGAUGAGACUAGAUCGCUAGAGGACAGUCUUGGAAUAGAAGAGGACUCGGGAGGUUCAUCGGGUAAGGGGCGGAAGUCAUGGAAACUGCACAAAGUAGAGACUAGCGAAGAGGGGAUGUAUGCCUGCGAUCAGUGUGAUAAGAUGUUCAGCAAACAGAGCUCCCUUGCCAGGCACAAGUACGAGCAUUCAGGCCAGCGUCCGCACAAGUGCGACAUCUGCAGCAAGGCUUUCAAGCACAAGCACCACCUGACAGAACACAAGCGCCUGCACAGCGGCGAGAAACCAUUCCAGUGCAAGAAGUGCCUCAAGCGCUUCAGCCACUCCGGCUCAUACAGCCAGCACAUGAACCACAGAUACAGCUACUGCAAACCAUACCAUGAGUGA